AUGAAACCUAAUCUAUCUAUCUAUCUAUCUAUCUAUCUAUCUAUCUAUCUAUCUAUCUAUCUAUCUCACCCUCUUUAUCUAUCUCACCCUCUUUAUCUAUCUAUCUAUCUAUCUAUCUAUCUAUCUAUCUAUCUCACCCUCUUUAUCUAUCUCACCCUCUUUAUCUAUCUAUCUAUCUAUCUAUCUAUCUAUCUAUCUAUCUAUCUAUCUAUCUCACCCUCUUUAUCUAUCUCACCCUCUUUAUCUAUCUAUCUAUCUAUCUAUCUAUCUAUCUAUGAUAUGCGUUAUCUUAGCAAUGAAAGAAAAAAGAAACUGACUCCAACCAAAGUGCUUAACUUAUGGGAUGAUCUGAUAUUUGUAUCUAUCUAUCUAUCUAUCUAUCUAUCUAUCUAUCUCAAAUUAAAUAAGACAAAGAAUAUUUUUUUUUGUAAUCUUUCGAAAUCGUACCAAUUAUUUGGGUUUCAACGCCAACCACCCACCAUAUGCCCCGUUCUCUCUGUCUAUGCAUCGAUUUAUUCCAAUCUGUUUGUUUCUUUCUUUGUCAGUAUGUUCGUUUCAAUCUAUCUAUCUAUCUAUCUAUCUAUCUAUCUAUCUAUCUAUCUCACAUUAAAUAAGUAA